AUGGCGCCACCGCCACCGACGGGCAUGCACGAGCUGCUGGAGCAGUUAGACGUGCUGGAGAAGUCGGCAAACCUCUCGGCGAGCAUCAACGAUGUCCAGAACGUCAUCGAUCUGCUCACCACAGCUCGGGAUAAGAUCGCUGCAGACCCGCAGACAGCACCAUUGACCCUCGCGAAGCUCCAAGAUCCUGUGAAGAGGAGCCUCGAACAAGCGCAGAAAGACAUCAAGCCUAUAUAUUCUGGCCUGAACAAAUAUGGCAAAGCUCUGGACAAGAAGUUCAAAGACAAGCCCAUCCCAUCCGCCUCCAACGAUGCGCUUUCUUCGCACCCGCAGCUCGUCAAUCGCGCCAUCUCCAUGCACUUGCUCCGCGAAGGCGAGUUCUCGGUAGCGUCUACCUUUAUCCAAGAAGCGCACCGCAACCCUCCGCGUCCCGAACCCACCGCCAGCACACCGAACCCUUCGAUGAAUAAUUCUUGGGAAACGGAUCUAGCAGAGGAGGCUUUCAAUUCAGAGAAGCUUCAAGGACAGUUCCAGGAGAUGUACCUCAUACUACACGAGCUGCGACAAGAGAGGAACCUUGAGCCGGCUAUACGGUGGGCACGGCAGCGAAGCGAUUUAUUAGAAGCGCGAGGGAGCAAUUUGGAAUUCGAAUUGUGCAGGCUGCAAUUCGUGUGUUUGUUCGUGGGUCACGGGCUAAAGCACAACGAGGAUGAGCCUAUGGAAGAAGAUCCACAAGGCCCGCUGGCAGCAUACAGAUACGCACGGCGCGAGUUUGCGCACUUCAGAGGGAGAUACUCACAUGAGAUCCAACAACUAAUAGGUGCCAUGGCAUACUGGCAGAACGUUGUGGACUCGCCAUACCGGAGAUUCUUUUACAACAACACAGCAUGGGAAGAAGUCGCUACCUCCUUUACUCGCGAGUUCUGCUCACUGCUCGGACUCUCGGCCGACUCGCCGCUGUACAUCGCCGCCACGGCUGGCGCUAUAGCUCUUCCGCAUCUAUUGAAGCUGCAGAAUAUCAUGGAGAAGACGCGCACAGAGUGGACAACGCAGAACGAGCUUCCGGUCGAGAUACCCCUCCCACCGACCUACCACUUCCACUCGAUUUUCGUCUGCCCUGUCUCCAAAGAGCAAUCCACCGACGCCAACCCGCCCAUGAUGAUGCCCUGCGGCCACGUCAUAGCACAAGAAUCCCUUGACCGCAUCUCGAAAGGCACGCGCUUCAAAUGCCCCUACUGCCCCAUGGAAAGUCACCCUCGCGACGCAAGGAAACAUUGGCUCGAUAAUCCUCCCGAAGUUCUUGAAAAGGAUAGCAACAAGGAUAGAGAAUACGGUGGAGAAGUUAUGGAUAAGGAGGAGCUUGAAGAAGAUGAGAUCGAUCAAUUCGAGGUUGAGUACGACUCCGACGAAGAUCGUAUAGAAAAAUUCUUCCAUCAAUCCGAGAUCGGAGUGAUGGUGUUGUCCCAAUUCUCGGCCUAG